AUGAGCUAUCUUAUGAUAAUGUAUUACUGUGUCGCUGGUAUCUCUGCCUUAUUCUUUACAUACUCGUUGUACUUGAUCUUUAAAGUGUCUACACCACAAAUGGUUCCAUAUAUCUACUACUUACUCACGAUACAGGUUUGCGCUUUCCUGGAAUCGCUCUACUGGACAGUGCUUAUGGCACCGAUAAUAAAGCUACCCAUAUUUGGCAUAGAACUCGGCGUAUCUGUAUUUUAUGGCUUUUCAACUGUCCUGCAUUGUCUCGUCGAUUGCGCAUUUGCUUGGGCGUUCCUGUAUAGAUACAGGCUAUGUCUUUUCAACUCCCGCUGGGAUUUCUCUGCUAAGAAAGAGUAUACGAUCAUGGCUGUAAACUGUGCAAUCACUGUGUUUGGCUCAACUCCUGCAUCAAUUUGGGCAUUCAAGGGUAAUGAAGAAAGCAGACGCGAAGCCUUUGCGAUCAACUCUUCUCUGAUAUUUGACGAAAGUUUCGUGAUCAGUGGUGGUCCAACUACCUUACUUUGGCUUGGUUUUCUACUCGUGGCGUCCAGUGCUGCUCUGAUCGCUCUUACCAUCAUAAUCAAGCAUGUUUCAAAUAUUCUCAAAGAUCAUGCAAAGUUCAGCCAGACAUCUAGAGAUAUGCAUCGAAGUGCUAUCUCUGGUCUCAUUAUUCAAGGUGUCGCUGUAAUGUCAUCCGUUGUAGUGCCUAUGUGUAUGCUGUGUCAUAUUCUCCUUCUUCCUCCGUCAUCGACCACAUUUACUUCUCACUAUGCAACAUGUGCGACAUUACUGUUUUCGCUGAAAUCGUUUAACGCAAGUUUAUCAAUGAUAUUUACUACUAAACCUUACAGAAAGCACUUCGCCGCCAUCACAGGAGUGAACUAUAUGUUAUCUCGCUACUUUAACAGCAAUAUUGUGAUAAAAAGCAAAGAACCGACAUUGGUUAGCAGUUCCGCCGUCUUGAGUACUAACUGA